AUCCACAACCCGACUUGACCUGGGUCUCUACCAUAAAAUGCAAAGCAACACAAAAACCCUAGAUGCUCUCACUCUCUUUCACCGCACGUUCUGGUGUUAGGGUUUCUCCGUCAAUCAGCGCCAGAGAUAUGGCUCCCAAACCGCCUAGUACGGGCCUUUUUGUUGGACUGAACAAGGGUCACGUCGUCACUAAGAAGGAAUUGCCUUCACGCCCCUCAGAUCGCAAGGGGAAAACAAGCAAAAGGGUGCACUUUGUGAGGAAUCUCAUAAGAGAGGUUGCUGGUUUUGCACCAUAUGAAAAACGUAUAACUGAGUUACUUAAGGUUGGGAAGGAUAAGAGGGCUCUUAAGGUUGCCAAGAGAAAGCUUGGAACUCACAAACGUGCCAAGAAGAAGCGUGAGGAGAUGUCCAACGUUCUCCGUAAAAUGAGGGCUGGUGGAGCUGGAGACAAGAAGAAAUAAGUCAUAUUUACUUUGUUUUAGUUUCAGUAGAUGGAUUUUUGUGUAUUGACGUUUAAGGUGUCUUAUUUUUGCCUUGGUUUAAUUAUUUUACUUCAUGAUCUUACUCUUGGCAAAAGUACAAUUGUUCUAUUUUCUAUUUAAGCAAUCUGAUCUGUGGGUAUUUAUGUUU